GGUUCAUAUAUCUCGUAGUUCAGUUCAAGGUCGCAUUUACCAAUCGGUACUGCAACUUUCAGAAUAUAGUAACAGUUCUGAUCAGUAUGACAAUGCGAUUAGGUACUUGUCGGUCAUUGAGCAGACAGUUAGCAAGAAGUCGACCAACGCCAACCCUACAAAUUCCAACAAGAAUGAAGUCGACAUCCGCACCCAUCACAUCAGCAACAGAAGGGCACUACAAGAUCAUCGACCGCGCAACCGGGUUCGAGCAAAGGCAGGCCUCACGUCCAGACUUCGACCCUUUGAAGCCCAUCACCCUCAUCAAAAGCCCCGACCCAACGUGGACCUACGGCUCCGGCGUCGCACAAGACGAUGCCGCCUUAUCCUCAAAACACGUCGAAGUCGACCCGUACGCCCCUGACCGCCCCAUGAUAAACAACUACCGCCUCCUGAUCUCCGGCAUCGCACCCCGCCCCAUCGGCUUCCUCAGCACCGUUUCCAAGAACGGAAAGAAAAACCUCGCGCCCUUCUCCUACUUCCAGGUCAUCGACCACGACCCGCCCAUGUUCAUCGUGGGCUUCUCAUCCCGGCCCCACGGCGCCAAGGACACGUUCCUCAACCUCAAAGAGACCGGAGAGUGCGUAAUCAACACCGUAAGCGAGAACAUGAUCGAAGCCGUAAACGCUACGUCCAUCGACGCCCCCUACGGCGUGUCGGAGUGGGAGAUAAGCGGGCUGACGGAAGCACCAAGCUCCACUGUAGCCGCCAGCCGCGUCAACGAGUCUGUUUUCAGUGUUGAGGGGAGGGUUGUAGACAUCAAAGAGUUCCACGACUGCGAGACGGAGAGGGAGGGGUUGAGUGUGGCUGCGAAUGUUCUGAUUAAAGCGAGUAGAUUCUGGGUUCGGGAGGACGCGACGAAUGACGAGGUUAGUAAUAUUGACGUUGAGAAGUUGAGGCCUGUGGGACAGUUGGGGGGGAUGGCGUAUGCGAGGGUGAGUGAGACGUUUGAGGUCCCCAGGCGGAGGUGGGUGGAUGAGGUGGGGAGGAGUGAGGUUUUGAGGGGGUUGGAGAGGGAACACGCGAAGACUGGCGAGCGCGUUAGUGAGGAAGAUAUGGUUGAGGAGGCACAGAGGGUUAAGGUGGGAGGUAGUCAGGUCGGAGGAGCCGGUUGCUGAGACGCAGAACGGUGAUGCGGUGCGUUGGACGUCAUUGUAGUGAGCUGCGAAGUCAAGGCAGGAGGUCGUCAGAGAGGCGUG